AUGGUGGUGGUCAAUUAUUUGCUCUUCGAGAGCGCCGUCGGCUUCUCGCUGUUCGAAGUGGUGCACCAGGCCGAUACCGUCGGCUUGGAGCUGCCCGAGGUUAAGGAUGCGAUGAAGAGCCUCGACAAGUUUGGCAAGAUGAUCCAAUUGCGCAGCUUCAACCCCUGGACCUCUGCCGCCCACGGUUUGGAAGCGAUCAACCUUAUCUCGGAGGGAAUCAUGCCCGACCAUCUCAAGAACACCCUUGAACUCAACCUGCCGCAGACCAGCGGGAAGAAGAGCAAGAUCGUGCUGGGUGUUGUAGACAAGCGGAUAGCGGGCGAGAUUAGCGCCACCUUCCCCGGCGUCCAGUGCGAAGCUGCCGACACCUCCGAGGUUGUCGCCGCGCUCCUGCGUGGUAUCCGUCUUCACGCCAACAAGCUCCUUAAGGGUCUCCAGGAGGGCGACAUCAACCGUGCUCAGCUGGGUCUUGGCCACGCCUACUCCCGCGCCAAGGUCAAGUUCAGCGUCCACAAGAACGACAACCACAUUAUCCAGGGCAUUGCGACUCUCGAUGCGCUUGACAAGGGCAUUAACCAAAGUGCGAUGCGCGUCAGGGAGUGGUAUGGGUGGCAUUUCCCCGAACUCAUCCGGAUCGUGUCCGACAAUGGCACCUACGCCAAGUUGGUUAUUGCUGUCGGCAACAAGCGGUCCCUCACCGACGAGAGCGUUGACGACCUCGCGAACGUCCUCAACCAAGACCAGGACAAGGCCGAGGCGAUCAUCCAAGCCGCCAAGAUUUCCAUGGGCCAAGACAUCAGCGACACCGACCUUGCCAUGGUCAAGGACCUUGCCUCGAACGUCUCCAAGAUGGCCGACUACAGGCGCAUCCUCGCCGAGUCGCUCGACAAGAAGAUGGGCGAUGUUGCCCCCAACCUCCAGGUCAUUCUGGGCACCCCUGUCGCGGCCCGCCUCAUUUCGCACGCCGGCUCCCUGACCAACCUUGCGAAGUACCCCGCAUCGACACUCCAGAUCCUCGGUGCCGAGAAGGCCCUCUUCCGUGCCCUCAAGACAAAGGGUGCGACACCCAAGUACGGUCUGCUCUACCAGAGCUCCUUCAUCGGGCGCGCCGGCCCCAAGGUCAAGGGCCGCAUCUCGCGGUACCUGGCCAACAAGUGCUCCAUUGCCAGCCGUAUCGAUAACUUUUCUGAGAAGCCGACGAAGCGCUUCGGCGAGGUAAUGCGCGACCAGCUGGAGCAGCGGCUCGAGUGGUACGCCAAGGGGACCAAGCCGAUGAAGAACAUCGACGCGAUGGGCAAGGCAAUCCAGGCAGUUAUGGACGACGGUGACGACAUGGAUAUCGACGAGGAGAUGAUCGACCAUCCUCCGGCCAAGGAGAAGAAGGAGAAGAAGGAAAAGAAGAAGGAGAAGAAGGACAAGAAGCGGAAGAGUGUCGGAGGCGAGGAUGUCGAGAUGGUGGACGUCAACGGUGAUGGCGAGAAGAAGAAGAAAAAGAAGAGAAAGUCGGUGGCCGCCGAAUAG